GAGGAAAGUAUUUCACCCACCGGGCAAAGGCUGCCGCUGCUGCCGCCAGCUGCGUAAAAGCAGCAGCCGCAGCAGCCCCCCAGCAGCCGGGGCUCAACGGGUUUCCAUUGCCAUGGAAAGCAGAACCGGGGCCGGGGGCGGGAGUGCGACAACCCAGUUUGUCUGGACUGCCGCCGUUUAGAUACCCGAAUUGCCUGCCUCCAAACUGCGGAGAGGAAGGUUUUGCUACUUGUGCUGCUGGCCUCUGGACCCUUCUUUCACCCACCACUGACCUCUGGUAGUGUGACAUUGUAUCAUGCAUGCCACUGAUCCCAGGGGAAACUCCCCUGUUUUCCUACAACCUCAGAAUGGGAACAGCCAUAGAUCUUCAGGUUAUGUUCCAGGAAGGGUUGUUCCAUUGCGCCCACCACCCCCACCAAAGAGCCAAGCUUCAGCCAAAUUUACCUCUGUCAGACAAGAAGCCCAGGCAACCUUUGCAUUCUCUGCUGAGGAGCAGCGCUCACAGAGAGAAGACCGAAAGCAGAAGAGGCACAAAAAUACAUUCAUUUGUUUUGCUGUUUCCAGCUUUACAUUUUUUGUUGCACUUGCAGUCAUUUUAGGAAUAUCCUCAAAAUAUGCUCCAGAUGAAAAUUGCCCAGAUCAAAACCCACGUCUCAGGAAUUGGGAUCUAAAACAUGAUCCUGAAAAGCAAGUCAUUGUCAAGAAAGGAGAUUGGCUCCGUUUAAGCUCAGAUGUUACGGUGAAUUCCAUAGUCAUCCAGGAUGGAGGGUUACUUGUCUUUGGUGAUGAUAAAGAUGGAUCCAGAAAUAUUACUUUGAGGACUCGUUAUAUCCUGAUCAAGGAUGGUGGAGCGCUUCAUAUUGGAGCAGAAAAAUGCCGCUAUAAAUCCAAAGCGACCAUUGCCUUAUUUGGCAAAUCGAAUGAAGGUGACAGUAUGCCAACAUUUGGCAAAAAGUUUAUUGGUGUGGAAGCUGGUGGGACGCUGGAGUUGCAUGGGGCUCGGAAAACAUCAUGGACACUCUUAGCAAAGACUCUGCGUUCCUCAGGGCUGACCUUUGGUUCUUAUACUUUUGAAAAGUCCUUUAACCGAGGUCUCAACGUGCGGGUCAUUGACCAAGACACUGCCGAAGUUUUGGUGAUUGAUAGGUUUGAUACCCACGAGUACCAAAAUGAGAGCAGGCGACUUCAGGAGUUUUUAAAAGCCCAGGCUCCUGGCCGGAUUGUUGCUAUUGCUGUUGGAGAUUCAGCUGUCAAAAGCCUCCUAGAAGAAACGAUCUUGACCAUCCAAAAUCUUCUGGGAAGUAAGCUGAUCAAAGGAUUGAGUUACAGGCAAGCUUGGGCUUUGGUUGCUGUCACUGGUGGUGGAAGUGCCUCUUGCAACGAAUCAGUGAGGAAUUAUGAAAAUCACAGCAGUGGAGGGAAGGCUCUUGCCCAAAGAGAAUUUUUCACAGUUGAUGGUCAGAAAUUUGCUGUAACAGCUUAUAGUGAAUGGAAUGAAGGGGUAUCCCUUUCAGGUUUCCAGGUAGAGGCCAUAGAUGGAGUAAAGCUACAUCUGGUGGAUGAUGUCAGCAACUGGAAACCUGGAGACCAGAUUGUGGUUGCAAGCACAGACUAUUCAAUGUACCAAACAGAGGAAUUUACUCUUCUUCCUUGUCCUGAAUGCAACAGCUAUGAGGUCAAAGUCAGAGAAACCCCUAAGUUUCUGCACAUGGGAGAGAUAGUUGAUGGAGUGGAUAUGCGGGCUGAGGUUGGAGUUCUUAGCCGAAAUGUGGUGAUCAGAGGAGAGAUGGAAGCCUCCUGCUAUGCUGACAACCAAUGUCAAUUCUUCAACUACGAUACCUUUGGGGGACAUGUCCAGAUUCAGAAAAAUUUCACCUCAGUCCAUCUUUCCCACGUGGAACUAAAGCACAUGGGGCAGCAGCAGCUGGGGAAAUAUCCCGUGCAUUUUCACCGAUGUGGCGAUGUGGAUGAUAGAGGAGGUUACAGACCUCAGACUUACCUGGAUGGUGUGUCUAUUCAUCACUGCUUCUCUAGAUGUGUUACUAUCCAUGGAACAGAUGGUCUGCUGAUAAAAGACACUAUUGGCUUUGACACACUAGGCCAUUGUUUCUUCUUGGAAGAUGGCAUUGAGCAAAGGAAUAUUUUGUUCCACAACCUUGGGCUUGUCACCAAACCAGGCACUCUCCUUCCCACUGACAGGAAUAACACCAUGUGUAUAGGCAUUAGAGGGAAAGUGUUUGGAAAUUAUGUCCCCGUGCCUGCUACAGAUUGCAUGGCUGUUUCAACAUUCUGGAUUGCUCAUCCUAAUAACCAUCUGAUAAGUAAUGCAGCUGCUGGCUCACAGGAUGCCGGAAUAUGGUAUUUAUUCCACAAGGAAGCCACAGGAGAAUCCAGUGAAUCACAUGGAUUAACCAAAGCAGAACUUACACCACUGGGUAUUUUUUAUAACAACAGAGUACAUUCAAAUUUUAAGGCAGGUUUGUUUAUUGACAAAGGUGUAAAAACAUCCAAUGCUAGUGCUUCUGAUCCAAGAGAGUAUCUGUGUUUGGAUAACAGCGCAAGGUUUCGACCUCAUCAAGAUGCAGACCUAGAAAAACCCCGUGUUGCUGCUCUCAUUGACAGACUCAUCACUUUUAAAAAUAAUGAUCAUGGAGCAUGGGUCCGAGGAGGAGAUAUUAUCAUUCAGAAUUCAGCAUUUGCAGAUAAUGGGAUAGGCUUAACCUUUGCCAGUGAUGGAAGCUUCCCCAAUGAUGAAGGUUCCAGCCAAGAAGUAUCAGAGUCUCUGUUUGUUGGGGAGAGUCAAAACUAUGGCUUUCAGGGUGGUCAGAACAAGUAUGCAGGCAUUGGAGGGAUCUCCAAGAGACUUCGGACUUUGCCUAGGAACAGGACAUUUCCAAUUAGAGGUUUUCAGAUUUACGAUGGACCUAUUCAUCUCAGCAAAAGCACAUUCAAGAAUUAUAUGCCAACUGCAGAUAGAUACAGCAGUGCCAUUGGGUUCCUAAUGAAGAAUGUUUGGCAGCUGACACCCAAGAAUAACAUUUCUCUGGUGAAGUUUGGUGCUCAUGUUUCUUUGAACGUCUUUUUUGGGAAACCUGGUCCCUGGUUUGAAGAUUGUGACCUGGACGGUGACAAGAAUUCUAUAUUCCAUGAUGUUGAUGGCUCUGUAACGAGAUACAAGGACACUUACGUGGGUAGAAUGGACAACUACUUGAUCAGACAUCCAGACUGUGUUAAUAUGGCCAAGUGGAAUGGAAUUAUCUGCAGUGGGACCUAUGCCCAGGUUUAUGUGCAGACAUGGAGCAUGCAAAAUCUUAGCAUGACCAUCACACGGGAUGAGUACCCAUCCAACCCCAUGGUACUGCGAGGGAUUAACCAGAGAGCUGCAUUUCAGCAGUACCAGCCAGUAGUAAUGCUAGAAAAGGGAUACACUAUUCACUGGAAUGGACCAGCCCCACGAGCUACCUUUCUUUACCUCAUAAAUUUCAACAAGAAUAACUGGAUUCGAGUUGGCCUCUGCUAUCCCUCAAACACCACUUUUCAAGUUACAUUUAGCAGAUACCACAGGCAGAAUGGCAUUUCUACCAAUGUGGAAGAAUAUGAGCCUGUACUUUCGAUGGAAGAACUGGAAAGGAAGCCUUCUGACAGAAAGUUCUAUUUUGAUUAUAGCACAGGAUUGCUGUUUCUGUACCUCAAAGCUAAAAACAACAGGGAAGGUCACGGUUAUUGCUCAUCUGAGGGAUGUGAACGGAUCAAGAUACAAGCAACAACUAGCUCAAAAGAGAUCAGUAAUUGCAUGGCUAAAGCUUACCCACAAUACUCCAAGAAACCAUCAGUCACCAAGAAGAUGCCAGCAAUGUUAACUGGACUCUGUCAAAGCUGUGGCACACAUCAGAUGGUGUUUACCAGUGAUCCUCACAAGUUCUACUUGCCUGUACAGUUCCAGUCACCUAGCAAAGCAGACAUUCAGCGUGGAAAUAAAUCCUUCAUCUCUGUCAAUGGUACCAACUAUCCAGUCACAGGUGUGGGUCUGUAUCUCCUUGUUGUGGAUGCCUGUAGUGUUCCUUGCCGAGUAUCUCAAAACAAAUUAUUCUCUUUUAAUGAAGUUGAACGUCUGAAAGAAUAUUUAAAAACAUCAAUUCCUGUGAGGUCAAUUGUUCUGCUGAGCACAAGAGGAGAAAUUAAAAAUCUGAAUAUUUCUGAAGCUUUAAUACCCCUGGGAUUAGCCAAACCAGCUCAUCUUCAUAACAAAGGGAGUAUAGUAUUCCUGGGAUUCAGCGGAAACUUUAAACCAGCGUGGACCAAACUGUUUACCAGUCCUGCUGGACAGGGCCUAGGGCUGCUUGAAAAAUACAUACCUUUGCAACUGGAAGAGUAUGGCUGCGACAAAGUCCACAGUAUCCGAAGAAGAGACAUCGAACUUUUAAAGAGAGCUUCAAGAGCACAUUAGAGACUAAAAUAUAACUUAAGUGCUAGGGGAAAAUGUGAACUAACUUAUUUAAUUUAUGGCAUUUUAAAUGACACUGUUAAAACCUGAGGAAAUCAUUUUGCUGUUUGCGACAGAAGCCUGAAUCGACAGCUUCAGUGCCAGUCUGUGCACCUUCUCAUUGUACAAAAUGUUAAAGAAUUUAUUCCUAUUUGUAAAGCCAGUUUAUUCAGAGUGUCUCUUCUCCCUUUCCCUUGAUGCCUUUCCCUCCUCCUCCUCCCCCAUCCUAGUUUGUAUUUACUGUACACAGUUUUCUAGUUUUUGUAUUGUGGAGAAACCUGGGGUGUUCACAAGAAUGUGCCUGAGGCUAAUUUGGGGGCAA